AUGGAGGGGACACGGCAGGAGGAGCGCGAGAGCCUGGUGGGGACCGUGCACGGCGUGUCCGGGCCCGUGGUGACAGCCACGCGGAUGGCGGGGGCGGCCAUGUACGAGCUGGUGCGCGUGGGCCACGCGGAGCUGGUGGGGGAGAUCAUCCGGCUCGAGGGGGACAUGGCCACGCUCCAGGUGUACGAGGAGACCUGUAUCCUGUCCCCGCUGUCCCCGGCCAGUGAUGAUGCAGGGCCGCGAGGACACGAAAGUGGCCGGGCCGUGGGGACACGGGGGACGUGGGGGGACAUGGCGGGACAGGGGCGGUGGGCGCGGAGCCCUCCGGGGGUCGCUGACGGUGUCGCCGCCGUGUCCCAGGUCGGGAGCCACGUAACGGGCGGGGACAUCUACGGCUCGGUGGCGGAGAAUUCGCUGCUGCAGCACCGGCUGAUGGUCCCGCCCCGCAGCCGCGGCACCGUCACCUACAUCGCGCCCCCCGGGCACUACGGCGUGGCGGACGUGGUGCUGGAGCUGGAGUUCCAGGGGCUCCGCGAGCCGCUCUCCAUGAUCCAGGUGUGGCCGGUCCGGCAGGUCCGGCCCGUGGCCGAGAAGCUCCCGGCCAAUCACCCGCUGCUGACCGGCCAGAGGGUCCUGGACGCGCUCUUCCCGUGCGUGCAGGGGGGCACCACGGCCAUCCCGGGCGCGUUCGGCUGCGGGAAGACGGUGAUUUCCCAGUCCCUGUCCAAGUACUCCAACAGCGAUGUCAUCGUCUACGUGGGCUGCGGCGAGCGCGGCAACGAAAUGUCCGAGGUGCUGCGGGACUUCCCCGAGCUGACCAUGGAGGUCGGUGGCCGCUCCGAGUCCAUCAUGAAGCGCACGACGCUCGUGGCCAACACGUCCAACAUGCCGGUGGCCGCCCGCGAGGCCUCCAUCUACACGGGGAUCACGCUGGCCGAGUACUUCCGGGACAUGGGCCUGCACAGCUGCCUCCUGGCCGACUCCACGUCGCGCUGGGCCGAGGCGCUGCGGGAGAUCUCGGGGCGCCUGGCCGAGAUGCCGGCGGACAGCGGGUACCCCGCGUACCUCGGGGCCCGCCUGGCCUCGUUCUACGAGCGCGCGGGGCGGGCGCGGUGCCUCGGCAGCCCCGAGCGGGAGGGCAGCGUCAGCAUCGUGGGGGCGGUGUCCCCCCCCGGUGGGGACUUCUCGGACCCUGUCACCUCGGCCACGCUGGGGAUCGUGCAGGUGUUCUGGGGGCUGGACAAGAAGCUGGCGCAGCGCAAGCACUUCCCCUCGGUGAACUGGCUGAUCUCCUACUCGCGCUACCUGCGCGCCCUGGAGCCGCACUACGAGCGCGCCCACCCCGAGCUGCCCGCGCUGCGCGACCGCGCCCGGCGCAUCCUGCAGGAGGAGGAGGAGCUGGCCGAGAUCGUGCAGCUCGUGGGCAAGGCGUCGCUGGCCGAGGGUGACAAAGUGACGCUGGAGGUGGCCAAGCUGCUCAAGGACGAUUUCCUGCAGCAGAACGGAUACUCGGCCUACGACCGGUUCUGCCCCUUCUACAAGACCGUGGGCAUGCUGCAGAACCUGGUCACCUUCUACGAGCUGGCGCGGGGGGCGGUGGAGGCGGCGGGCCCCGAGGAGCGGCGCGUCACCUGGGCCACCAUCCGCGAGGGGCUCGGCGACAUCCUGUACCGCCUGAGCGCCAUGAAGUUCCAGGACCCGGUGAAGGACGGCGAGCAGCGGAUCCUGGCGAGCUUCGCGCGGCUGCACGAGGAGAUGGUGGCGGCGUUCCGCAGCCUGGGGGACUGAGGGGGAGGGGACAGGAGGGGGAGGGUCCCGAGGGGGGGGACAGCUCGGGGGGGGUCCCCAAUGUCCCCCCGACCCCCCAAUAAAGGACCCGCGGUG